UGGAGCUACUAGUGAAGUCCGGGAAGGGCUCGGCUUCGGGUUCGGGUACGCGCCCACCAAGCGGUGCCCAGGGUUGGGAGAGACCCCUAUACGACGCCGGAUCCAGCCCAGGGCACCUCAGCCCCACCUAGAGACCCUAUGAACUUGGCUUUGGGAGAAUGUGCUCCCGGCCCAUGCAGGAGGCUUGCAGGAAGUAGAAGACAUGGCCAAUUUUGCUGGUGAAGGUAGAAGGAAGCCUGGGAGCACCGGCAGGCACCAUGUGGAUCCAGGUUCGCACCAUGGAUGGGAAGGUGGCCCACACUGUGGACUCACUCUCCAGGCUGACCAAGGUGGAAUUGUUGAGGAAGAAGAUCCAGGAGCUGUUCCACGUGGAGCCAGGCCUGCAGAGGCUUUUCUACAGGGGCAAGCAGAUGGAGGAUGGCCACACCCUCUUUGACUACGAUGUUCGCCUGAACGACACCAUCCAGCUCCUGGUCCGGCAGAGCCUUGUGCUCCCACCCAGCAGCAGCAAGGAGAGAGACUCUGAGCUUUCCGACACGGAUUCCGGCUGCUGCCUGGGCCAGAGCGAGUCGGACAAGUCCUCAAAUAGUGGCGAGGUGGCUGUGGAGGCGGACGGGAAGACGGGCUUAGCGGAUGAGGAUGUAUGGGAUGAGACAGAGCUGGGCCUCUACAAGGUCAAUGAGUACGUUGAUGCUCGGGACACAAACAUGGGAGCUUGGUUCGAGGCGCAGGUUGUCAGGGUGACAAGGAAGGCACCAUCGCAGGAUGAGCCCUGCAGCUCCACCUCCUGUUCCACAUUGGAAGAAGACGUCAUUUAUCACGUGAAAUACGAUGACUACCCAGAGAACGGUGUGGUCCAGAUGAGCUCACGGGAUGUCCGGGCCCGUGCCCGACACAUCCUCAAAUGGCAGGAGCUGGAGGUGGGCCAGGAGGUCAUGGUCAACUACAACCCCGACAACCCGAAGGAUCGGGGCUUCUGGUAUGAUGCAGAGAUCGUGCGGAAGCGUGAGACCCGGACAGCGCGGGAGCUGUAUGCCAACGUCAGGCUUGGGGAUAAUUCUCUCAAUGACUGUCGGAUCAUCUUUGUGGAUGAAGUUUUUAAGAUUGAGCGCCCAGGCGAGGGGAGCCCUGUGGUUGAAAACCCGAUGAGAAGGAAGAGCGGACCCUCCUGCAAGUAUUGCAAGGACGACCAGAGCAAGACCUGCCGGGUGUGUGCCUGCCACCUGUGUGGGGGCAAGCAGGACCCUGACAAGCAGCUUCUGUGUGAUGAGUGCGACAUGGCCUUUCACACAUACUGCCUCUGCCCGCCCCUCAGCAGUGUCCCGACGGAGGACGAGUGGUACUGCCCUGAAUGCCGAAAUGACGCCAGUGAGGUGGUGCUGGCAGGGGAGAAGCUGAAAGAGAGUAAGAAGAAGGCGAAGAUGGCAUCGGCCACGUCAUCCUCGCAGCGGGACUGGGGCAAGGGCAUGGCGUGCGUGGGGCGUACCAAGGAGUGCACCAUCGUUCCAUCCAACCACUACGGACCCAUCCCAGGGAUACCCGUGGGCACCAUGUGGAGGUUCAGAGUCCAGGUCAGUGAGUCAGGGGUCCAUCGGCCUCACGUGGCGGGCAUCCAUGGCCGGAGCAAUGAUGGGGCGUACUCUCUGGUCCUGGCCGGGGGGUAUGAGGACGACGUGGACCAUGGGAAUUCGUUCACGUACACUGGUAGCGGUGGUCGAGAUCUUUCUGGCAACAAGCGGACUGCGGAACAGUCCUGUGAUCAGAAGCUUACCCACACCAACAGGGCACUGGCUCUCAACUGCAGUGCCCCUAUCAACGACCGCAAAGGGGCCGAGGCCAAGGACUGGCGCUCAGGGAAACCGGUCCGGGUGGUGCGCAAUGUCAAGGGCCGCAAGCACAGCAAAUAUGCCCCCACUGAGGGCAACCGGUACGACGGCAUCUAUAAGGUCGUGAGGUACUGGCCCGAGAAGGGGAAAUCUGGCUUCCUGGUGUGGCGCUAUCUCCUGCGGAGGGAUGACAGUGAACCCGGCCCCUGGACAAAGGAAGGGAAGGAUCGGAUCAAGAAGCUGGGGCUGACCAUGCAGUAUCCUGAAGGCUACUUGGAGGCCCUGGCCAAGAAGGAGAAGGAGAAAGAGAACAGAAAGAGGACAUCUGAAGAGGUGGAGGAAGAGGAGGAAGAGGAGGAGGAAGAGGAGGGUUUCACAUCCCCCAGGAAGGGCAAACGGAAGAGCAAGGCAGAAGCAGGUGGCAGGACUGGUGCCUGGUCCCUGGGAAGGACACCCAAGAAAACCAAGGUGGAGCCUUACAGCCUCACGGCCCAGCAGAAAGGCCUCAUCAAGGAGGACCAGAGCAACACCAAGCUGUGGACGGAGAUCCUCAAGUCGCUCAAGGAUGGGCCGAAAUUCCUGAGUAAAGUGGAAGAAAUGUUCCAGUGUAUUUGCUGCCAGGAACUGGUAUUCCGCCCGAUCACAACCGUGUGCCAACACAACGUGUGCAAGGAUUGCCUGGAUAGAUCCUUCAAGGCCCAGGUGUUCAGCUGCCCCGCCUGCCGCUAUGACUUGGGCCGGAACUACGCCAUGCAGGUGAACCAGCCGCUGCAGGCAGUCCUCAACCAGCUCUUCCCUGGUUAUGGCAAUGGACGGUGA